GCCUUAUUGCUCAAAAAACAAACGACUAGAGCGUCAAGACCAAGAUGAUAAGAUAUCCAAGCGCCACUGUCCACCACCAACUGAAAUAUCUCCAUGUCCCAACAAAUUUACAUCACUCAUUCAUCAAUCUCAUACCCCAUUCCUUUCCACUACCACCACACAAGCCUCACACCACCCUUCCUUCUCUGAGACUGGUGAAGCCUCUCCACUGCACACCACCAUCAUCCACCAUGGAUUCCAGCUCCACCAACACUGAAGAAGUAGCCUACGACCUCUCCCCCAUCAUGAAAGUUUACAAAAACGGCCGUGUAGAGAGGCUAGCCGGUGUAGAUUUUGUUCCCACAGGCCUUGACCCCAAAACCAACGUUGAAUCCAAAGACGUUGUUAUCUCCGAAGAAGAUGGCAUAUCAGCGAGGAUUUUCAUUCCGAAAUCGACUAACCCUCCGCCGCAGAAGCUUCCUGUUCUUGUUUACUUUCACGGCGGCGCGUUCUGCAUAGAAACGCCGUUUUCUGCGAACUACCACAACUACGUUACCUCUGUUGCCUCGCUUGCGAACGUGAUUGGUGUGUCUGUUCACUACCGGAGGGCGCCGGAGCACCCUGUUCCGAUAGCGCAUGAAGAUUCAUGGCGGGCACUGAAAUGGGUCGCUUCCCAUGUCGGUGGAAACGGCCCUGAUCCGUGGCUGAACGAGCACGGCGAUUUUGGGAAAAUGUUCUUCGCCGGAGACAGCGCCGGUGCCAACAUAGCACACUAUUUGGGUGUUCGGGUCGGGUCGGAAGGUUUGGGUUUUGAUGGUGUGAGGAUUGAAGGGUUAGUGUACGUGCAUCCAUAUUUCUGGGGUGGUGAACGAAUUGGGAAGGAGGGAGAUAGGCCUGAGUAUGUGCAGAAGGUGCAUGAUUUGUGGCGGUUUUCGUACCCGACCACGAGUGGAUCCGAUGACCCGCUUUUAAACCCGGCUAAGGAUCCGAAUCUUGGGAAGCUAGCUUGUGGGAGAGUGCUUGUUUGUGUGGCUGGGAAUGAUUUGUUGAGGGAUAGGGGUUGGUACUACAAAGAGUUGCUUGAGAAGAGUGGGUGGAGUGGAGAAGUGGAGGUGUUGGAAGCAAAGGAUGAGGAGCAUGUGUUUCAUAUGUUCAAACCAACAUGUGAGAAUGCUAUGGUUUUGCUCAACCAAGUUGUCUCAUUCAUCAAGCAGGAAUGACCAUAUAUAGUAGUUGUAUCAUGUUUCUUCUGUUUUAAUUUUCUGCUUUAUUGUAUGACCGUUUCUUCCUGAAUCGACUUAUGAAUAUCAGGUCGACUCAGAACAUAAACUUUCGUUGCAAGUGAAAAAAAGUGAGUCAUAUGCACAAGACAAGAGGACUCCCAUUAUAUA